AAUGGCUUAUCACAAAAUGUUUGUGAGCUAUUAAUGUUGAUAUUUAUUCUACAAGUGAAGGUAUUGGCUCUGUGUCAAGAAAUGCGGCUAACGUCAAAAAAUCUAAGACCAUUUAUGAAAGCUACAACCAUAAAAGAACAUCAAGGAAACAAGUUUUUCUUUGAAGUAACAUUUAUCUUGUUGGUUAUGGUGUGGACAGUGUUUUCUGAAACCCCAGUGUUUCAAUCUGUUGUGGGUCGAAGUGCUCAUCUCUCGUGCGAUGUCAGUGUUACUUCCGAAGACGACUCUAUAUCCUUAGUACUGUGGUACAAGUUAGGAAUUAGUGCUCCAAUUUUUAGUGUAGACUCCAGACAUGGUCCACUGGAGAGAUCCAAACACUUUACGAGUGACUUUCUAAGAGAGAGAGGUUAUUUUGAUCCCGGCACUCACAGCCAACCUUCGGUUCUAACUAUCAACCCGGUAGAGAAAAACGAUGAAGGAAAAUAUCGCUGCAGGAUUGACUUUAGAUACGGUCGAACCUUCAAUAGAAUCAUAAUGCUAAAGGUUAUUGUUCCACCUCAGGAUAUUACUAUCGUCGAUGAAACUAAUCAACCUGUGUAUGGAGAAAUUGGCCCAUAUAACGAAGGUUCCAAACUUGCUCUCGGUUGUUUAGCUAGUGGAGGAAAUCCUCCCCCCACCGUGACCUGGUGGAAGGAUUCGAUACAAAUUGACAAUAGUUUCCAUAAGACCCAUGAUUUUGGAGUACGAAACGACUAUAUUCUUCAGGAACUCAGACGUGAUGAUUUGUUAACCACACUCACCUGCCGGGCUUCAAAUAAUAAUCUUACCUCACCUGUGGUCGCCACUGUAAUUAUAGACAUGAACUUGAAGCCGUUGGAGGUCCUUAUCAUUUCCACCCAUCCUCAUGUUUCCGCGAAUCGAAAAUUUGAGAUCGAAUGCCAGACAACGGGGUCUCGUCCCUCUUCACACAUAACUUGGUGGUUGGGGAACCGAAAGAUGGAGUCUAGCAUGGAGACAAUCAGUGAAGGUGGAAAUCGAACAGUCAGCAAACUGGUAUACUCGCCCUCUAGUGAAGAUAACGAGAGUUACCUGUCCUGUAGAUCAGAGAACCCUUUGUUACCAGGAGGGGAAUUAGAAGAUGGAAUUACCCUGAAUGUAUUCUAUUCACCCAAAGUCUUGGUGACAUUAAGGCGUGGCCAGGUGGCGCAAGAGAUUCAGACCGGAGAUGACGUUUAUCUUUAUUGUCAGUGUGAUUCAAAUCCGGAAGUGAUAAGAGUUGAAUGGCAAUUUGAAAAUGACUCUCUAACAACUAAUUCCAAAAACGGAAUUUUCGUUCGCAAUCAAUCCUUAGUCCUGAAAAAUGUGAGUAGAGAUCAUAGCGGCACCUAUCGGUGUUUUGCUGAAAACAAUGAAGGGCGAGGGAACAGCGAGGGUAUAGAGCUAUACAUAAAAUACGCCCCUGUAUGUAAAAAGGGUCAGAAAAUUGCUUAUGCGGUCACAGUAGAUGAACUAGUUGAAGUGUCGUGUCAGGUUGAGUCUGACCCUGAUGACGUCAUUUUUACCUGGGUGGUCAAUAACACUAUAGGCAGUCGGGAACUCCUGACUUUCACUACCACUGGUCUGCAGAGUGUGGCCCGUCAUAUUCCACGAGAAACGAAUGAUUUUGGGUAUUUAGCCUGCAAGGCUCAGAAUGUGGUUGGUGAACAAACUGAACCUUGCAUCUUCACCUUGAUACCAGUUGGUCCUCCAAGCCCUCCAUAUAACUGUAGCGCUUCGAAUUCAACUAACUUGACUUUACUUGUGAGAUGUAUUUCUGGCGAUGACGGGGGGUUACAACAAAACUUUCACCUCGAGGUUUACCUGUUACCUAGAAACCAGAUCAUAGCUAAUCUUUCAAAAUCCAAUAAUCCAGUCUUUCUGCUUUCCACUCUACCUUCAGAAGUUCAGCUCUUCCUCUUAGUAUACUCUUCUAAUGCUAAAGGCCGUAGUGGUAUGAUAACACUGACAACACGAACUCUAGCACCCCUAGCGACGAACUCAACUGAUGGACAAGACCAAAGAAAAAUUGAAAAGUGCACAUCAGUGACUCAGAAUUUCACUCACAAUAAGGCUGUGACCUCCAGUGAUCCUGAUCUGAUUAGCCUACACACUAAUUCUCCAAUUCCAACGUCUCUUCCUGUCCACAAGCAACUGAGUAAUAGAAACAUCAGAGGAUCUUUCGACCAUUCGGAUCAAUAUUUGUUUCAACCAACAUCUGCGGAUCAAAGUGAAGUGUUUAAUUUUAAUGGGACAACAGAAUGGGGUAGGGCACCGCUUAACCAUCGUCAGCAAGGAAAUUUGGAACUUACUGACAUGGACAGUACCAGAUGGGAACCAAAAGACAAAGACAUUCAAACACAACAUGAGAGGCUGAGCAGUUUGAAAUCGUCUUACAAGGGACAAGUGUAUCCAGCAAAGGAAUAUAGAAGAUACACUCCGGUUUAAAAAAGUUAUGGAAUUUUCUUAUAAUUAUUCUUAAUACAACAAGAAUUAAAUCAUCUUACCGUAAGACAAGGUCCAGGCCAUCCUA